ACCGCUGGACGCUUACGGGAGCUGGACACUCCGCCUGGGAUACCGUUCCCGGGACGCCUGCACCUCCUACAAUCACUGCCUGCCCUAUCCGGCCCCCAUACUCUUUUUCAUUUUUAAGUAUUUGUCACCUCCUAACAUACUGUACAAUUUAUUACGUUGAGUGUCUGUUAAACGCCCCCACCACCCCAAACUAGAGCAGGAAUCUUAAUAUUUCCCUGAUGUCUCCCCAGCGCCUGACAUCCAAUGAGCGCCCCCAAAAUCUUGAAUUAAGUGUCUCUUUCUCCGCGCGGGCUUCUGGUGCUCCCCGUGCAGAGCCGUGUAACCGACCCCCGCACCUGACCACAGGGCUGGGAGCUCUUGCCGGAAGGAAACUACAACCCCCAGCAUGCCGCGCGUCCAGGCGGUUCGCCGUCUACAACAUCGCGCACAGCGCGCCGGUAGUCGUAGUUCGCGCCUGCGCCCUCGUCGGGAUUCUUCUCCCAGAAGUCAUCGAGCGUCGUCUUCCUCGACCUCCAGGCCGCUGGCGUCCAGCCGGAGUCCGCCCGCCCCUGCUCUGCUGUCCGCCGUCCGCCCUCCAUCAUGCUGCCCGCUGCGCUCCUCCGCCGCCCAGGCCUGGGCCGCCUCGUGCGCCAGGCCCGCGCCUACGCCGAGGCCGCCGCCGCCCCGGCCCCCGCCGCGGGCCCGGGACAGAUGUCUUUCACCUUCGCCUCACCCACGCAGGUGUUUUUCAACGGCGUCAACGUUCGACAGGUGGACGUGCCCACGCAGACCGGAGCGUUUGGCAUCUUGGCAGCCCACGUACCCACACUGCAGGUCCUGCGACCAGGGCUGGUUGUGGUCCACGCUGAGGACGGCACCAUCUCCAAAUACUUUGUGAGCAGUGGCUCGGUCACGGUGAACGCUGACUCUUCGGUGCAGUUAUUGGCUGAGGAAGCCGUCACACUGGACAUGUUGGAUCUGGGGGUGGCCAAGGCGAACCUGGAGAAGGCGCAGUCGGAGCUGUUGGGGGCCACGGACGAGGCCAUGAGGGCCGAGAUCCAAAUCCGCAUCGAGGCCAACGAGGCCUUGGUGAAGGCCCUGGAGUAGGUGGUGCAUGCCCCAUGCUGGCUCCGGCAGGGAGACUGGGCCAGAGCUGGGCAGGGGAUGGCCUGGCGUGAGGACCCAGUUCCUGUGGGUGCAGGUUGUCUGGGAGGCUGGGGGAGUGAUCCUGGGGGAGCCAUCCUCUCUAGGAAGCCACCAGGGGGCAGUGCAGUGCCGGCGCCUGCCCAGAGCGCCUUUCAGGGUUCUGCCUCUCUGUGGUGAAUAAACCAGGGAAACAAGCCAGCUCUGGUAGGCCUGGGGGCUGGCGUCAAGGUCGGGCACUUGCCCUACUCGUGGGGAUUACUCUCACCCCGGAAGGCUCUUCCACUUCCUAAGAUCUCCCCAACCUGACGUGCUGGCCACCACUCCUCUGCCGCAUCUGCCGCAGAGACCUCUGCUCCCAGCCACCGGCAACGGACAGCCUGCUCCCUGCCCGAACCCUCAUUAAACACCUGGAAUCCAG